AUGGCAUCCAUGGGCGACGACCAGGAGGAGAACAUCGAGAUGUGGAAGAUUAAGAAGGUAUCACAUAUAUAUUUAAUCAAAGGCUUGACCGAAGCCCGGGGAAACGGGACGUCGAUGAUUUCUCUCGUCAUUCCACCGAAAGGGCAGGUGAACUUGGUGAAUAAGAUGCUCACGGACGAAAUCGGGACCGCGUCGAACAUUAAAUCGCGGGUGAAUCGCUUGUCCGUGUUAAACGCGAUCGGGUCCGCGCAAACGAGGUUGAAGCUUUACAAUCGCGUGCCCGAUAACGGGUUGAUCAUAUACACCGGGACGGUGUUAACCGACGAGGGAAAGGAGAAAAAAAUGAACAUUGAUUUUGAACCGUUUAAACCGAUUAACACGACGUUGUACAUGUGCGAUAACAAGUUUCACACGGAGUGUUUGCACGAUUUAUUGGCCGCAGAUCAAACGUACGGGUUUAUUAUCAUGGACGGUAACGGGACGCUGUACGGGACAUUGUGCGGGAACCAUCGGGAAGUGUUGCAGAAAAUUACCGUAGAUUUGCCGAAAAAACACGGGAGAGGGGGUCAGUCCGCAUUGCGUUUCGCGCGUUUGCGUUUAGAAAAAAGGCAGAACUAUUUGACGAAAGUUGCCGAGUUGGCGACGCACCAUUUUAUCACCAACGAUAAGUGUAACGUCGCCGGAUUGAUUUUAGCCGGUUCCGCGGAUUUUAAAAACAGACUGAGCGAGGCGGAUGUUUUUGACGCUCGAUUGAGCGCGAAGGUGUUGAACGUCAUCGAUGUCUCCUACGGUGGCGAUAAUGGAUUUUCUCAAGCCAUCGAGCUCUCCGCGGACACGCUGGCGAACGUAAAAUUCAUCGCCGAAAAGAAACUCAUCGGUAAAUUUUUCGAUCAAAUAGCGCAAGAUACCGGCAAGUUUUGUUUCGGCAUCAACGAUACUUUGAAUUGUUUGGAUAUGGGCGCGGUCGAAACCUUAGUCGUUUGGGAAGACUUACCGCACGAACGCUUAGAACUCAUCAACUCCGUCACUGGAACCACCGAGGUGAAAAUUCUCACCCCUGAACAGCAAAAAGACCCGAAACACUUUCACGACGCCGAAAAUAACCAACUGGAAACGACGGAAAAAAUAGCCUUCAGCGAAUGGUUGGCCAAAGAGUACAAAAAAUUCGGGUGCCAGUUAGAAUUCAUCUCGGACAAAUCGCAAGAAGGAAACCAGUUUUGCCAAGGUUUCGGCGGCUGCGGAGGUUUGCUGAGAUACCAAGUCGAUUUGGACGCGUUCGAGGUCCCCGACGACGUCGACUCGGACUCCGGAUUCGGAAGCGACUCGAGCGAGGCGUUUAUUUAA